UGCGCAUGUCCACCACGGAUCCCUCAUUCCUCAGGAUCUGACUGAACCAGGAAGCAGGCACCUACCCACCAAGGUAGGUUUUCGAUCUUCUCGUAUUGACCUCUUUCGUAUUCCACAGCCUCUCUGCUUGCACCUCGUUGCCAAACCAUCUACAACCAUGUCACACCAACGCCCUAGGAACUCGCGGCGGCAGCAUUCUGUCGACUACCCUAAAUAUCCUUCCAUGUCCUCGAAUACGCAGACACCACAACCAUCCUCAAAUCCUACUCCUUUACCAGCACCCAUGCCAGUCCCUCCCACACAUCCAGCCAUUCUGGCCUCGGAUUAUGAGUCCGACAAUCAAGGCUAUCAGUCAGAUUAUCCCUCACAACCACCACCACCAACUCGUACCAACGAAGAAUUGAACCUGUCCGUCCUCAAACGCCAUAAUCCAGAAAUAUCUUCCAUCCUCUCAGUCGCUCCCUAUGCCGUGGUUUACGAGUUCUCACCCAUGCCACAACCUGAAUGGACAAAGACGGGAGUGGAAGGCUCGUUGUUCAUCUGCGAGCUUGUUCCUGGAAGCUACGGCGAGGACAGAUAUUCCGCAAUCGUUUUAAACCGGAGAGGUCUGGACAACUUCGAAGCUGAACUCAGAGAAGGCGAGAAUGCGGGUGUAGAAAUAACAGGAGACUAUGUGAUUAUAAGUUUCAAAGAGGGGCACGAGCAGAAGAUCUAUGGCGUAUAUAUCUUCCAUGAGCCAGGAUCGUCAACGGAGCAUGCGCAGCAAUUGAACGGCGAGCUUAUGAAGUCCCUGGCGGAUCAUGCUGGAGCCAGCAAACAGGCCGCCGAGGCUGCGGCAUCUGCUGCCAUCGCUCAACAUACCAAUGGUCACAUACAGGAAGCUGAACAGGCACUCCAUAAUCAGCAAGGAGAGGCUCCUGGUCCCGGUCAACAGAUCAGUCUACAACAGUUGUUCGGUCAACAAAGAGCUGCCGAUGCGAGCUGGAGUGUAAGAGCUCACAAUCUCGAGGGCAGUCAACAACAAGCCUCCCUGGCGCCUUUGGGCGGCCCACCAAGUCAUCCCACGCCACAACCAGCGCCUCAAGGAGCUGACGUGCUCGGCGACCUCUUCAGAAGAGCAGGUCUCACAGCAAAGUAGUCACAAUUCCAG